AUGCGAUUCUCCGAACUCCCGGCAUCGUCGGCCAUCGGCGCAUGCCUCCUCGCCCUACCUCAACUAGCUUCGGCAUUUUAUCUUCCCGGUGUCGCGCCUACUUCCUAUAAGCAGGGCGAUAUCGUGCCUCUUUACGUGAACAGCGUCAAGCCAGGCCCGGGAACGAGUAACAACCGCUUGCACUCCGUCAUAUCCUACGAUUAUUACAAUCCCGCCUUCCAAUUCUGCAAGCCUAGCGAUGGCCCCCAACCCAUUUCCGAGAGCUUGGGUAGCAUCUUGUUUGGCGACCGCAUCAUGACCUCGCCCUUCCAGCUCCAAAUGCGUGAAAACCAGACCCCUGGCUUUGAUCUUGGGAUGCCCAACGACGACGGCACCGCGUGGUUUUAUAACCACUACGAAAUCGAGGUCGAAUACCAUCAAGUGAAGAACAAGGUCGUUGGCGAAACCGAGCAGGUGUGGUCUCGAGUUGUGGGCGUUACUGUCCGUCCCGAAUCUCGUGAUUACGGCUCGGAUGCGCCGGGUGCCGACUGCAAUUUCGUCACCGAGCCUCUUGUUCUCCACGAGGGAAUGGAGGGCGUCAAUGUUCAAUUUACCUACAGCGUCACCUGGAUCGAGUCCGAGACAGCCUGGGCGACCCGCUGGGAUAAGUACCUUCACGUUUUCGAUCCCAAGAUCCACUGGUUCUGGCUCGUUGACAUCGCCGUCGUUGUCGUCAUUCUUAUCCUCACUGUGAUGUCGAUUCUCGUUCGCACUCUCAAGAAGGAUAUAGCGCGAUACAACCGCCUGGAUGAAUUUGACCUGGAUGACUUGAACGGCACCUCCGCCAUAGAGGAAGGCGUGCAGGAGGAUUCCGGCUGGAAGCUUGUCCACGGUGAUGUGUUCAGGAACCCACCGCGGCCCCUUCUCCUUUCUGUCCUUCUCGGAAAUGGCGCUCAGCUCUUCGUCAUGGCUGGCUUUACCAUCAUCUUCGCCCUCCUCGGCUUUUUGUCGCCUUCCAAUCGUGGAUCUCUCGGCACUAUUAUGAUUCUCCUCUACACGGUCCUUGGUUCAGUGGGUGGCUACGUCUCUGCUAGAGUCUACAAGUCCAUGCAGGGUGACAGGUGGAAGAUGAACAUCGCCCUCACCCCGGUCCUUGUCCCCGGCAUCGUAUUCUCGUCCUUCUUCCUGCUCAACCUCUUCCUGUGGAUCAAGCAGUCUUCGGGCGCCGUCCCCUUCACGACCAUGCUGCUCAUCAUCUGCAUCUGGUUCGUCAUCUCGAUUCCCCUCUCCUUUGGUGGGUCGUGGCUUGGCUUCCGAUCAGCAGCUAUCGAACCACCGGUGCGCACAAACCAGAUCCCUCGCCAAAUCCCGCCUGGUCCCACCCAUCUCAAGCCAAUUCCCAGCAUGUUCAUCGUCGGCCUGCUUCCGUUCGCCGCCAUUUUUGUUGAACUUUAUUUCAUCAUGAGCUCGAUCUGGUUCAGCCGCAUUUACUACAUGUUUGGGUUCUUGUUCGUCUGCUAUGUUCUCAUGAUCUUGACAUGCGCGGCUGUCACCAUCCUCAUGGUUUACUUCCUACUAUGCUCGGAGAACUACAACUGGCAGUGGAGGGCCUUCCUCGCCGCCGGCAUGACUGGUGGUUACAUCUUCCUUAAUUCCCUCUUCUACUUGGUCACCAAGUUGCAGCUUAGUAGCUUGGCUGGCGCCGUCCUUUAUAUCGGAUAUAGUGCCUUGAUCUCUGUCCUUUUCUUCAUUCUUAGUGGCUCCAUUGGCUACUUUGCCAGCUGGUGGUUCGUCCGGCGCAUCUACUCAUCCAUCAAGAUUGAUUAG